UUGUGCAAAAUCUUAUAAGGAAACUCUCUUGUUAUGAAAAUCAUCUCUUUUUUAGGAAGAUGUUGCUGUAGUAACAUUUUAACACCCUGCUACACCACAAGUGAACACUAGAUGGCAGCAGAGUCGUUUCAUCAACUUCCCCCUCUUUGUGGUGUUUCCAGCCCAGCCUGCAGAUAUUUCAAAUUACCAUUACGCACGGUUUGCCCCCUCCAGUCUGUGCCCUACUGGCUUUGGUACGUGCUACACAUAACAUGAGCAUCUGAAAUUAUUAAUUAGAUGUUUGUGUUUUAAUUAAAAGUGAUGGGGAAGCCUCGCGCUCCGAUGAGCCUCCAUUACGCACAAGACUGAUGGACACAUCACACCUAAUGCUCGCCAGUAAACACCUCCACCCCGCCACUCCUGUCAUGUUGUCAGAGAUGAGAGCAGUGGUGUUGGAUGAUCGUGCGUCUUGGAGCGGAGAGGCGGAGAAAUGACAGGACAGGAGGGUGGGGAUGGAUACAGGCGGAGGAGCUGGCAUCUUGUGAUAAUGUGGCACUCCAAGAUUCAGCUCUAUUUGGACAUUAAUGUUUUUAUGUAUCUUAAAUGAAGACCAUUCACUGGCUACAUUAUCUUGAAGUGUGAGUUGCUGACAUCAUGGAUAAAGAGAAUGAGAGCGUGUGUUUGAACAGGUCACUGUUGGAGGUGGACUUCUUCAGCAAGCUGGAGGACAUCGACGUGACGGCUGACGGGAGCCCGGGUCUGAGGUUCCUCAUCUGCCUCGUUUAUUCUGUUGUGUGCGCUGCGGGUCUGAUAGGCAACCUGCUGGUGCUCUUCUUCAUCAGGGUCAAACAAGAGAGGAAGAGGUCCACGGUGAACUUCUUCGUGUUCAACUUGGCAGUGACGGACUUGCAGUUCGUGCUCACUCUGCCCUUCUGGGCCGUGGACACCGCGCUGGACUUCAGCUGGCCAUUUGGAGACGCCAUGUGCAAAAUCAUCCUCUCCGUCACCGUGAUGAACAUGUACGCCAGUGUGUUUUUCCUCACUGCCAUGAGUGUGACCCGCUACUGGUCGGUCGCCUCGGCUCUGAAGAACACCACUGCGCUGAAGUCAUGUUCCGCCAAGUGGACCUGCGCAAUCAUUUGGACACUGGCGACUGUGGCGACUGCGCCGACUUCGAUUUUCUCAACUGUCAGUAACGUAACCGGAGAGAAACUCUGUUUGUUGAGGUUUCCCGGGGGACAAUACUGGUUAGCAGUUUAUCACAUACAGAAAAUACUCGUAGGGUUUGUGUUGCCGAUGUCCAUCGUGUCCAUCAGCUACAUAAUGCUGCUGCGUUUUGUCCGCAACCGGAGUAUGAAAACAAGCAACCCCAAACGGAUAUCCCAAGUUACAAAAUCUAUCACCAUCGUCGUGUUGUCUUUCUUUCUGUGCUGGAUGCCGAACCACGCCAUCACCUUUUGGAGUGUACUGGUCAAACUGAACGCUGCGCACUGGGACAAAGCCUACUACAUAGUCCAUACAUAUGUGUUCCCACUGACGGUGUGUCUGGCUCACACCAACAGCUGCCUGAACCCGAUUAUUUACUGCCUCAUGAGGAAGGAGUUCAGGAACAAGCUGAGAAGUCUGAUUCACAGGGGAUAAUGUUUUGGGGCUUUGGGAAUGAUUUCAUGUGUUGACAAACAGUGCCCGUGACGCACCGAGUGCGCACGGCGAAAAAGGCACGGGGUGAGAGAGGAGACCUGUCAGAAAGCUCAAUGACGACAAACAGCAUCAUGUCAAGACUAUUUACUCCGCUCUGUUGAGAAAAAAUAUAACUUUCAUCAGCGCUUCUUGUCUGUAAAGGCUUGCGUAAUGUGGCUUAGUUCUGUUGGCUUUUGGCUUUAUGCAAACCAAUUCCUAAUUUUGUGUAAAAAAAAAUGUGUUACACGUAUGAUCACUGUGGCCUUGCUUGUUCAAUAUCCAUUAGUAGUGACGUGUCCCUGGUCUACUGCUGGAGUGACUGCGUGCGUAAUUGCGCAUGAUAAAUAACCAUGCAUUAAUGUGCUUGCGUUAUAGCUGUAGGCAAACGGUUAGGAAGCUGAGCGCUUUCUACAUCUAUCUGUGAAUGUAUUUGCAAAUAAUGUAACCAGUGUGUCAGUCAUGGAUGCAAACAUCACCUCCUGGAACAAAGGAGGGAAAGCAACGAGUCGUUUUUUUAAGUUACAGCGUGCCAAAAUCAUUUGUUUGAGCACAAAAAAACAACAAAAUGUGUGACAUGAUUCUUGUAAAUUAAAAAAAAAUGUAUCUAGUAUGAUUUGUAAAUAAAGAUGUAUUCAAGCUGUCACAUUGGUUAGUUUUCCUUAGAUAUCAUCGGCCUAUUCGAGUCGAGUUGUAACAGGUGGAAACAGUUGCUAACGGUGCAGGUAAAAAACACAGAGCAGAAGUGUGUCGCUGACCUGCACAUUGAAGCUAAUGGGUUAAACCAUCAUCAACAUACAAAGCGCGCUGAUGAAAUAGACUUAAUGGCUUUUUGUGCUCAUCACCGGGAGUUCUCCAACAUCACUCAUCAGAGAAAAAUGGCUCCGCGCACGAGCACUACAUGAGCCGCGUGCACAAAGGCCAUUCUGAAUGGGUUUAAGAGCUGCAGCCCACGCGCACACACAGCUGGGUGUCAGUGUGAACAUUAAAAAGCAGCAGGCUCUCUCUGGGCGCUGGCUGCAGCAUUGGAUU